UCAAUCCAAGUGCAGUAAUACUAUCUCUAUAACUGUUUCAGCAGAUAAACCCAGAUCCAAACUGACAGCAGGUCCAUCAACCAUACCAGUAGGGGGCAGUGUGACAAUGAGCUGCACUAUGGAGCCCUCUGCUGGAUGGAGGUACAGAUGGUUCAGAAGGACCUCAGACACCUCUGAAGUUGAAGUCAGAAUAAAUAAUGAGGAAAACAGAGAAAUCACUGUGAGACAAGGAGGAAUCUACAGAUGUGAUGGAGUGAGAGGAAACCCAGACUUCUAUACACAUUCAAGCUCUGAGGUCACUGUGGAGAUAACCUUUUCCAACAAGGUUGCUGUGACUCAAAAACCAAACAGCUCUCAGAUGUUCAGUGGUGAGACGAUCACUCUGACAUGUGAGGUCCAGGGAGGAGAAAGCACUGAGUGGACGUAUGAAUGGAGGAGAUCUGGUUCUGUUAUACACAGCACACCCAGUAAAGACUGGACUUUUAUUGUUUCUGAGUCCAGCAGUGGAAAAUACACAUGUCAGUGUAGAAGCAGAGAUGACUGGUAUUCUUCAACAGAGUGGAGUGAAUCAAUCAUCCUGUCAGUAUCUGUUAAACCCAGAGCCAAACUCACAGCAGGUCCAUCAACCAUACCAGUAGGGGGCAGUGUGACAAUGAGCUGCACUGUGGAGCCCUCUGCUGGAUGGAGGUACAGAUGGUUCAGAAGGACCUCAGACACCUCUGGAGUUGAAGUCAGAACAAAUAAUGAGGAAAACAGAGAAAUCACUGUGAGACAAGGAGGAAUCUACAGGUGUGAAGGAGUGAGAGGAAACCCAGACUUCUACACACAUUCAAGCUCUGAGGUCACUGUGGAGAUAACCUUUUCCAACAAGGUUGCUGUGACUCAAAAACCAAACAGGUCUCAGAUGUUCAGUGGUGAGACGAUCACUCUGACAUGUGAGGUCCAGGGAGGAGAAAGCACUGAGUGGACGUAUGAAUGGAGGAGAUCUGGUUCUGUUAUACACAGCACACCCAGUAAAGAC